GAUGGAGGCGGCGCUCCGGUUGCCACGUUGAAGCGGAACGUGGAGGAGCCUUCGGUCCCGGGAAGGAGCGAGGAGGAGCGGAGGCCGCAGCCCAGCCCGGCCAUUCUCCGCCCCCAGGGAGGCGACCGGGGACCCCAGCUAGAGCUACCCGGGCAGCAGAAUGAAGCUCAAAGAGAUAGACCGCACUGCUAUGCAGGCCUGGAGUCCUGCCCAGCAUCACCCCAUUUACCUGGCCGCUGGCACCUCUGCUCAGCAGUUGGAUGCAACGUUCAGCACCAAUGCCUCGCUGGAAAUAUUUGAACUGGACUUGACCGAUCCUUCGCUGGAUAUGAAGGCUUGUGCCACUUACUCCUCUGCUCACAGGUAUCACAAACUAAUAUGGGGGCCUCACAAAAUGGAACCCGACGGGAAUCUUUCAGGUGUGCUUAUUGCUGGUGGUGAAAACGGAAACGUCAUUUUGUAUGAUCCAGCAAAAAUACUAGCUGGAGAAAGCGAAGUUGUGAUUGCUCAGAAGGACAAACACACAGGACCUGUGAGAGCUCUGGAUGUCAACUUAUUCCAGACAAACUUGGUAGCCUCAGGAGCUAAUGAGUCUGAAAUUUACAUCUGGGACUUGAACAACUUUGCGACACCAAUGACACCUGGAGCCAAGACUCAGCCUCCUGAAGACAUCAGCUGUAUUGCAUGGAACAGGCAAGUCCAGCAUAUCUUGGCUUCUGCUAGCCCCAGCGGCCGUGCCACAGUGUGGGAUCUCAGGAAAAAUGAACCUAUCAUCAAAGUCAGUGACCACAGUAACCGGAUGCAUUGCUCAGGGCUGGCUUGGCAUCCUGAUAUUGCUACCCAAAUGGUUCUGGCUUCAGAGGAUGAUAGGUUGCCUGUCAUCCAGGUGUGGGACCUUAGGUUUGCGUCAUCUCCUCUUCGUGUUCUGGAAAACCAUGCAAGGGGUGUUUUGACCAUUGCUUGGAGCAUGGCAGAUCCUGAGCUGUUGCUGAGCUGCGGAAAGGAUGCUAAAAUACUCUGUUCCAAUCCAAAUACUGGAGAGGUGUUAUAUGAACUUCCUACGAACACUCAGUGGUGCUUUGAUGUCCAGUGGUGUCCGAGAAAUCCCGCUCUCCUCUCUGCAGCUUCUUUUGAUGGGCGGAUCAGUGUUUACUCCAUCAUGGGUGGAAGCACAGACAGCUUGAGGCAGAAACAGGCUGAUAAGCUCUCGUCGUCCUUUGGAAACCUAGAUCCAUUUGGAACAGGGCAGCCCCUUCCUCCACUGCAGCUUCCUCAGCAGACGGCUCCACAGAGCGUGAUCCUGCCAUUGAAGAAGCCACCCAAAUGGCUACGCCGACCUGUGGGUGCAUCUUUUUCGUUUGGAGGGAAGCUCGUUACCUUUGAGAACAGCAAGCCUCAGCAGCAGGGGCCAGAGCAGCAGCAACUCCGCUAUCAUGUCUACAUCAGUCAGGUUGUCACCGAGAAGGAAUUCUUGAACCGCUCUGAUCAGCUGCAGGAGGCCGUGCGGGCAGAAGCUUUCGUCACCUAUUGUCAGAAGAAAAUUGAUGCUGCCAAGAAUGACUUUGAGAAGAAUGUGUGGUCUUUCUUGAAGGUGCAUUUUGAAGAAGAUUCGCGUGGCAAAUACCUAGAACUCUUGGGAUAUAAGAGAGAGGAUCUCGGGCAGAAGAUUACAUCGGCACUCAGUAAGGCCAGCCUUCAUGACAGAGAGCUGGAGGAGACUCUUGAGGAAGCGGAGCAGUCUGCGCCGAAUGAUGGUGAAGAGGGUCUGGCUGCUAAGGAUCAGCUCUUGGGAGAGAUUGCAAAAGAGGAGACUAGUACCCUGCCAUCUACAAAGGGAACCUUUAACAUUUCUGUCACUGGAGAUAUUGAUGGCCUGAUUACUCAGGCAUUGCUGACUGGUAACUUUGAGAGCGCUGUUGACCUCUGCCUUCAUGAUAAUCGCAUGGCUGACGCCAUUAUACUGGCUAUAGCCGGAGGCCAAGAGCUGCUGUUGAAGACACAGAAGAAGUACUUUGCGAAGACACAAGGGAAGAUUACCAGGCUCAUCACUGCUGUGGUGACCAAGAACUGGAAGGACAUCGUUCAGUCGUGUGACCUGCACAACUGGAAAGAAGCCCUGGCUGCGGUAUUGACUUAUGCUAGGCCGGAUGAAUUUGCAGCUCUCUGCGAUUUGUUGGGUACUAGACUUGAAAAGGAAGGAGACAGCCCUCUGCAGACCCAGGCUUGCCUGUGUUACAUCUGCGCUGGGAACGUAGAAAAACUCGUUGCCUGCUGGACUAAAGCUCAGGAUGGAAACAACCCCCUCUCUCUCCAGGACCUCAUUGAAAAAGUGGUAGUCUUGCGUAAAGCGGUGCAGCGGACGCAGGUGAUGGAGGCUGAUGCUGUAGGGGUCCUUUUGGCGGAGAAGAUGAGUCAAUACGCCAACCUCUUGGCAUCCCAGGGCAGCAUUGCAGCUGCUUUGGCUUUCCUCCCUGCUGACACCAAUCAGCCAAACAUAGUGUUGUUGCGGGACAGAAUCUGUAGAGCUCAAGGAGAUCUUCCCAUGGGCCAGGAGGCCCCGAAGACCCCUUACGAGAGGCAGCCUGUGGACAAGGGAAGAGCUGGUCCUGCGGCUGGACAGAUGCAGAUGCCGCAAGUCCCGGGCCAGCAAUACUACCAGCAGGUUAGAGUUGCCCCUACUGUCACUACCUGGAGUAACAAAACCCCCACUGCCCUUCCCAGCCAUCCUUCUGCAGCCUCUCCCUCUGAAACGCAGGGAGAAAACCCUCCUCCUCCUGGGUUUAUUAUGCAAGGGACUGUUAAUCCCAACGUACCACCACAUCCGCCUACAUCUUCUGGUUACAACAAUGUGUAUUCACAGGUGGGAGCGCGGCAGGCAUACCCACAACCUUGCCAGCCAGCACAGCAAUAUUCUUUCAGAACGGGGGGCCCACCACUCUAUCAGCCCCAGCAGCCACUCGCCCCUCCUGCUUCAGCCUCUUAUAUUAACCCGACUCCUCUGUACGUCCCCUCUAAUCCUCCCAGUUCCAUGCCUUCUCCGUUAUAUCCAGCCCAACCCCAAGCCUCUCCGACAACCUUGAAUCCAAGCUCUUCUUUCCCCCCUCCUCCUUCCGGCGCCUCCUUUCAGCAUGUCAGGCCGGGAGCCCCAGCAUCUACUAUGCCAUAUGCACUGCCUCCUGGACCAACAGGUACUGAGCCUGCAGCCAGUGAGCUUCCUGCAUCCCAAAGAACAGAAUUUGAGUCCAUACAAGACCAAGCCAAUAUCCUGCAAGGACCUCAGAAUGGCUGGAAUGAUCCACCUGCUUUGAACAGAGUUGCAAAGAAAAAAAAGAUACCUGACAGCUUCAUGCCUCCUGUUCCUAUCAUGUCCCCAAUAAUGAACCCUUUGCCAGACUCACAAGGCCAAAUGCAGCAGCCUCCGACUUCCGCUAUGCCUCCAGCGCAAGCACCGUUCCAGCCCACACAACUUUCUCCGGGCCAGCCGGUUUUACACAACCCUUUCCAGAGUGUUCCACAACCGGGCGGUCAGCCCAUCAUACCUCCCAUUGCAUCGGCAACUAGUAUGGAAGGAGCCCCGGGAGCUCCAAUUGGCAAUACCAUACAACAUGUGCAGUCAUUGCCGACAGAAAAGAUAACGAAAAAGCCAAUUCCUGAGGAACAUCUUAUCCUAAAGACCACGUUCGAAGCUCUGAUCCAGAGGUGUCUCUCUUCAGCUACAGAUCCACAAACAAAGAGAAAACUAGAUGAUGCCAACAAACGCUUGGAGUUUCUGUAUGACAAACUUCGAGACCAGACGCUGUCCCCGAUGAUAAUCAACGGCUUGCACAACAUCGCCAGGAGCAUCGAAACCCGGAACUACACGGAGGGUCUGAACAUCCACACUCACAUAGUCAGCACUAGCAACUUCAGUGAGACGUCGGCCUUCAUGCCAGUGCUGAAAGUAGUCCUCACCCAGGCCAACAAACUGGGGGUGUGAAGUGGGCUUCUGCAGAGAAGGAAGCACGUUGCUUUGGAAAUGCGCAGAACACAGCUCUACUUGGCAACAAACUGGUCACUACAGUAUCCCUACAGAUGAGCUUUCUCCACUUUUAGAAGGGCCUGCAAGCCCCGGUGCUUUUCUUUUAUCCUUUCACCUUUUAUGAUUCUUGACUACAAAUAGUGUAACUAAUUAUGCCACCCCUCCCCACCAUUGUCCAUUUUAAAUGCAUGUUACCUUGCUGCUUUGAAAGCGGCUUUUAAAAAUACCAGAGGGCAGUUUGUGUGUAAGGGUGACCGCAAAAAGUACUCUUUGCACAUUCCUCGCAUCAACCAAAUUAAAAGUUGCUGAUUUUAUUUUA